AUUCAAUGAAAAUCGUAUAUUAUAUUUCUAUUUAUAAGUUUUAUGAUUACGAUUAAAAAUUUCGGUAUUUCCAGUUGCAAUAAUGUUGACGGGCUUGCGUGGUGUUUCGCCAAUGUCGGACGCGAUGUCUGAAAGUACACUUGAAAGGAAUCAUGCUGAAAAAGCUCUCAUAACGAAAACUCCUACUCACAGUCAGGUUUUUCUCAACAAGAAUAAUGGAAAUAGUGUUAAAAACUAUGCCGACAAGAAUGGAAAUGAUGUUAGUAAGAACAUGCAUGGAGGACGAAAGACUUUUGCUUUUUGGACGCUCGUAUGUUUGAUGUUUGUUCUCGCUAUUGGAAAUUUGGUAUUGAUUUCUACGGUCUUCGCGGUUCUGAGACUUGGCUACGGUAUGGAGAGUAUGGAAUUCUUACUAGACCAUAAUGCAGUCAAGUUCCUAGGAGCUAUAGAUUUGGACCAUGUCUACAAGAGAGAUGGUAUACUUGAGAGCUUUCAAGACACACCAAUGGCUAUUAGCAGUGAAAAUGGAUCCAUCACAUUUAAUUUACAGACAAGGUUGUCCCGAUCUGAUGCCAAGCUUAUAGUGAACACAUCAGGUGUAUUUGUGAAGGGUGUCAGCUCAUUGCAAUUGGUAGAUCCUGAUUCCGGAGAGGUGGUGUUUAGUACCAAUGCACCGGAGAUGAACAUCCCUGAUGGUGUCAAUAACUUGUUGGCUAAGCAAAUCUCAACCAAACGCAUCUCAUCACCGAUAGAUGAAGAUCUAAUCAUCAGAUCGGAAACUGCUGCUCAUUUGAGAGGAGCUGAAGGUACACGGAUGGAAUCUAAAGAGUUAUUCUGGAGCGCUGACCAAGAUAUUUAUUUGAAAUCUAUCAACGGUUCCGUUGUUCUAAGCGGUAAAGAAGGUGUAUUUGUCGAUGUAAGAUAUUUACCAAUAGCUAUGCCUUUAAAUAAAUCUGAAAAAUAUAUAACGGGACAGUUCAAAGUGUGUGUUUGUAUGCCUCAAGGGAAGUUGUUCAAAGUUGCAGUACCAACAGGACAAAAGGUUACUUGUUCUCAUAUAAAUAUGACUGGUGAUUUGAAUCCUUGCUUGUAGAGUUUAGGUAACUGGUGGGUAGUUUGAAAUCGCU